AUGGCUUCUCCAGUAUCAAGCGCCUUCUCCUCCCCCAUGUUGCUUUCGCCCGCCCUCCUGUCGCCCAUGGAGACAGGAUCAGACGCCAGUUCGGUUUUCCCCGAUUAUGAAUCCACUGUCUUGGCCAUGGCUAUACUGAGCGGCGACACGGCCCAAGUAGAAACCAUGGUCAAUCUCGGCGCCAGGGUGUCGGCCGACCAUCGCUGGACCUUGUAUCAAGCGUGCCUGCAAGGGACAGAUAUGCUCAAAGCGUUACUGCGAAAUGCUAGGAGCAGCUCGCGCCUAGAUAUAUCCCCACACGGUGAUUCUAUUCUUCAUCUUGCCCUUCGCACUCCAGCCCGUCGUUUUGGCACCGAGAAGGCCGAAGUGGUCGAACUCCUCUUGAACAACGGCGCAGAUCCAUUCCGACAGGACAGACUCGGAGAGACGGCGCUUCAUAUUCUCGCCGCGAUGACAGCAGACGAGGAAAUCGAGCUGCUCAGAUCCUUGCUUGACAACCGUGGGCCUAUGUCAUACCUGGAUCAACGGAACAUAUACGGGGAUACAGCUCUCAUCAUCGCUGUGACAAGCUAUAACAUCGAUGCUGCGAGGCUGCUUUUGGAAGUUGGGGCUGAUCCCAAUGUCAAAGGAGAAUAUGAAAAUACUGCUUAUCAGUACGCACAUCAGCAGGGUAAUACCGAGAUGCUCGAGCUGCUGUACCAAUUUGGUGCGGACAGUUCAGACUAUAUGGAUUUAUUACUCGAUGAGUCUGCCCCAUCGUCGCCUUUCUUCAUCACCCUGUUCCUCAUGGUGUCCCUGAUCUUGCCUUUCUUGUAUGAACAGCCAUUCCAGUGUCUCAUUUGGGCAGUGGGGGUUUUCCAACCUGCAUUGUUCAAAUUCGAACCAAUAGGGCAAAACUGCGGUAACACCAUCUGCUACAAGUUGGUGCACGCUUUGAAACACACUAUGAUCUCUGGCUCCGAAUGGAGCGAAACAUUGCUCCACAACAUCGCAAACAUUCACGGUUAUUUUCUUGCCGCGAAUGCGAGCGUUGUGGCGUUCCCUGUCUAG